CGUUUAAGCCUAAAGUCAUCAUCCUAAAUUUGAGGGCAAUUCUCUAACCUCUAGCAGAGUUGCAGCCAUAGAAGAGUGCAGUAGUUGCAGAGAAAGAGUAUUGAACUCAAAAGUUUCGAUGCCUUUACUUCGCAUCGCAAGCAAGAUUUUACAUUCAGCAGGAAAUCAAAGUUGCAAGUGCCAGCACCGAACAAUCUUUGCUACGGCACAGUUGCAGGGUUCAUGGAUGGAGAAGGUCAAAAACGUCAUCACAGGCCAGAAGACCACGCAGUCCCAGGGAGACGCGGCGCAAGCGGAUUCCGAUUCAUUCACUCUGCUUCGUUUUGCGGAUGAAAUGAAGAAUGCAAAAAGAAUUGGCGCUUUUAAGGAGUUUAUGGUUGGACGAAGCAGCGAAGCCACUUUUUCCUCUGCCUUCGAGAAAUACGAAGCCAUAAUUCGAUAUCUUGGGGUUUUGGACCCCACUGGAGAGAAUCUUCAGACUGCUCAAAAGCAAGAAGCGGCAAAGCAUUGUAGCUGCACGAUUGCUGAUGUAGAGAAUGCACUUGCUAAGUUUACUUGGGCCAAAGAAGCACAGAAGAAGAUAGAGAAGUUAAAAGAAGAAGGAAAACCAUUGCCAAAAAGCUUUGCUGAAGUCCAAAAGCUGGUUGGUUCUACCCCAUUGGACCUUGCAAGAUCUAAUUUGGCCCAAUCUGGACAAAUUAGCAGGAAUGCGCUCUGUCCAUGUGGUUCAAAGAAGAGAUAUAAAAGGUGCUGCGGAAAGGAUUGAAGGAAUUCAGAGAUUUAAAGUUAAACUGCAAGUAAGGCUGAUCGGCUAUGGAGGUACCCCUACACAUUGCUGAAUUGAGUUACACCCAGUUUUGUUCAGUACCGAUCUAGCUGCCCAAUUCACUAGACUGCAAGAAUACCACCGACAAUAAGUUAAUUUAGGAUGAUAUAUUUUGCUGAACAGUUGAGCAAUUUUGUUUAGCUUUCCAAUUUUUGAGGUGGUCACAGGCAACAUAUUUUGAUCAACUGAAGAAUAGUUAGUUAGUUCUCUUCUUUCUCUCACACCUGCCUUAAUGGGCAAGGGAAUAAGAAUGACUGUAUUUGUUUUAAAAUUCCAAAUGGUUCAACUCAUUUGUUUACUGAUAUAUAACAUUAUUUUAGUAAAUCUAUUGGAUUCGGGACUUGGUA